AUCUGAGGCAAGGAGACACACAAACACUCACAGCCUGGCCAAGGGAGGUUACACACUGCUGCUUGGAUUCUAUUUUCCAAGCACGAACACUUUCACUCUCAGUCUCUCUCGCACUUAACGGUUUAGAGCUGAGAACCCUCUGUGUGAAGAUAAAUCUCUCUCUCGCCUGACGGUUGGUGCAUAAGUGGUUCUGCUAUUUACUGGGACUGACUGGAACAACACAGUAGGACACCAUGGCACUCAGACAAAACUCUGACAAAGAACCCAGCAUUGAGCUCUUCAUCAAGGCUGGACACGACGGGCAGAACGUUGGAAACUGUCCCUUCUGCCAGAGGCUCUUCAUGGUUUUGUGGCUGAAAGGAGUCAAGUUCACAGUGACCACAGUGGACAUGAAGAAGAAGCCCGCAGAGCUGAAAGACUUGGCCCCAGGGACCAACCCUCCUUUCCUGUUGUACAAUGGGGACCUCAAGACCGACUUCAUCAAGAUCGAGGACUUCCUGGAGCUGACACUGGCCCCACCGAGGUAUCCCCACCUCAGUCCCCAGAACAAGGAGUCCUUCGACGUGGGCGCCGACCUCUUUGCGAAGUUCUCAGCUUACAUCAAGAGCACCCCCACCAACACCUACCACGAGAAGGCCCUGCUGCGAGAAUUCCACCGAUUGGACGUCUACCUGAACAGCCCUCUCCCACAGGAAAUAGACCAUAACUCCACGGUGGAUACCCUUGUCUCAAAAAGGAAGUUCUUGGAUGGGGAUCGCCUCACACUGGCAGACUGCAACCUGCUUCCCAAACUUCAUGUCAUCAAGAUUGCAGCCAAGAAGUAUUGUGACUUUGACAUCCCAGUCCAGUUUACGGGGGUGUGGCGCUACCUGCAGAACGCCUAUGGAACAGAGGAGUUUCGUCACACCUGCCCAGCCGACAUUGAGAUUGAGAAGGCCUAUCUGGAUGUAGUGGGCAAGAGGAAAUAAUUCUCUGAACUCUCCCCUCUUCUCAAACCUCUCCUCUGAACAGUACCCAACCCCAGCUCACUAUAGCCUGAACUGAGGUCUUCUCAUAUAGUAGUAGGGCCACGAGAUUUCUAUGGAAAGUGUUGCUUUUGUAUAGUAAUCCAGUAGUCAGCAGAAACCCAUCUCACUUCCAGGAACCUAUGUGAUGAGAUGUGGAUGAGAUUUAGGUGGGGAACUUUGAUUGCCCGUGUACUUCUUUUCCAGGGGAUCACCUCUGAUCAUUAUUGUAUGGCCAAAGGUAAAGCCAGGGUCUGCGUUGAGGAAAGUUAAAUUAUUUUAUCCAUGGAUAUUGGCCAUGUUCAGACAGCUAGUAAAAAGACAAUCAUAUCAUCUCAAUAGAUGAAUAACAGCAGUUUAAGUACAUUAACCACUCUGAUCUGACCAUUUUAAAGCAUUGAAAGCAUAACAGAAUACUGAAUUUAUGGUAUACUAUUUACUAUAUUCAUGAGACUUUUAGAAAAAUGAAUGGGCCAAGUUGAUUGAGCAGCCUUUUAUUAUCACAAUUAUUACAUUAUCACAGUCCUAUCCUGAUUAAUUAAAUUUCACAUAUGCGGUAAUGACAAUGAUGAUGGUGACAAUGGCAUUGAUGAAAACAUGUAUAGUUGUAUUACAUUUUCAGAAUAUUUGAUGAACGCUUGAAUUGUAGUGAAGUAUUAAAACGCCAAAGAAUCAUUAAAGAUGUCUCUUGCUUAGCUUUCCAUCAUAUUUGCAACAUGUUUGUCUCAUGCUAGGGUAAAUGGAUUUUUUACCUAUUUUGUAUCCUGCAACAUUAAUAUUCUUCACAAUUCUGAAAAAUAAAAGCAGUUCCAAUUUA